AUGUCUACAAUUACAUACAAUUUCCUGGGAAAGGUAGCUCUCGUAACCGGUUCGAGUUCGGGUAUCGGUGCGGCCACCGCUCAACUGUUUGCCAAAUCGGGUGCCAAUGUUGUUGUCACCGGACGUAAUGCCGACGGUUUGGCCAAAGUUGCCAAACAGUGUACCGAUGUGUCACCGAAACAGUUGACUGCACUGGAAGUUGUCGGCGAUCUGACUAAUAAAGAGGAUUGCGAUCGACUUAUUGAGACAACUGUCCAAAAGUUUGGCAAAUUAGAUAUACUGGUCAACAAUGCCGGUCUAUCGUCAAUGGCCAAAAUUACCGACGAUGACUAUAUGGAAAAGUAUAUGCAUGUUAUGUCUGCUAAUCUGAAUUCAGUGGUUUAUAUGACCCAUAAAUGUGUCCCGUAUUUGGCCAAAACACGGGGCAAUGUUAUCAAUAUAUCCAGUAUUGCCGGUAUGAUACCAUUUAGACAAUCUAUGUCUGCCUAUUGUAUGUCCAAAGCGGCAGUGGAUAUGUUUACCAAAUGUAUGGCCGCAGAGUUGGGACCCAAACAUCAUAUCAGAGUUAAUUCAGUCAAUCCCGGUAUGACACACACCAGUAUUGUCCAGCGUAUGGCCGGUCUAUCCAAAGAAAAAGAUGACGUCUAUUGGCAACAAUAUACUAAACUAUAUCCGAUUGGCCGAUGCGGUAGUCCCGAGGAUAUUGCCAAUGCUGUCUGUUAUUUGGCCAAUGAUGCGGCCGCCGGUUUUAUUACGGGUACCUGUUUGCUGGCCGAUGGUGGCCAUAUUGCAGCUAAUGUUAAUCUGGAUAGUAAAAAGUAA